ACUACUUUGAAGCUGACCAAACGUGAAUUAAAAUAACAUGCUGAAGGAAACGCUGCUCAUCCUGGCGCUGACUGCCGCAGCGCUGGCUGCCGACUAUGAUCCUUACCUAGAUAUACCCUUUAAGCGAGUCAAGACUUCGGCUGAACGCAUCGAAUCGCAUGGCUAUCCGGCCGAAACGCACGAGGUGGAGACCGAGGAUGGCUAUGUGCUGAACAUGUUCCGCAUACCGUAUUCACCCAAGCUGGGCAAUGCUGGACAGGCACAGCGUCCGGCUGUGCUUAUACAGCACGGCCUGUUCAGCUGCUCCGAUUGUUUCCUGCUCAAUGGGCCGGACAAUGCUUUGGCCUACAACUACGCGGAUGCGGGCUACGAUGUCUGGCUGGGCAAUGCCCGUGGCAAUAUUUACUCCCGUAAUAAUACCAGAAUAAGCACGAGUCAUCCAUAUUACUGGGCAUUCAGCUGGCAUGAGAUUGGUGCCUACGAUCUGCCGGCCAUGAUAGAUCACAUCCUGGCGACGACCGGUGAGAAGGCGGUGCAUUAUGUGGGUCAUUCCCAGGGCUGCACCACAUUCUUUGUGAUGGGCGCCGAACGGCCCGAGUAUAAUGCAAAGAUUAAGACCGCCCAUAUGCUGGCCCCGCCAAUUUUUAUGGGCAACACCACGACGGACAUUAUCCUAGCCACGGCCGGCUAUGUCGGCUCGCCGGGCUUGGGCGCUGAGCUGCUGCAGAAUCAGGUGUUCCUGCCCAUGAAUCCCAUAAUACAGCGCAUCCUGGACACAGCCUGCAGCAAUGAUCCCUAUCUGUUGAACUACUGCAAGAUUCUGGCCAUGAUGUGGGGCGGUGACAGUGAGGGCAAUCUGAAUGUGACGCUGCUGCCACAGGUCGCCGAAACUCAUCCCGCUGGCAUUUCCACCAACCAGGGCAUUCACUUUAUACAGUCCUAUGUAUCGAACGAGUUCCGUCAGUAUGACUGGGGUCCAACUAAGAACAAGGCCACUUAUGGCUCGGAAGUGCCGCCAUCGUAUGAUCUAACGAAGAUCACAUCGAAACUCUACCUGUACGUGGGCCUGGCCGAUGAGUCGGCAAAUGUCAAGGAUGUGGCACGCCUGCCGCCGCUGUUGCCGCAGCUGGAGGAGCUCUACGAAAUACCGGAUGAAACAUGGGGUCACCUGGACUUUAUAUUCGCAAAGCAAGUGAAAGAGGUUAUCAACGACAAGGUUAUAACCACAAGUGAGGCCUACGAUCGACUCUACAACAACUGAACGUUCAGUUUAGUCAUAUAUAAUCGCAACUAACUUCUGUCUUAA